GUUUAGCACUAGGUGGCUCUGGUAGAAACAAAGCAGGGGCUUUUGUCCCAUAAAUCUAUUGGAUACCUCAAUUCAAAUAUAUGUAAACAACAUAUUAACACGUAUGGUUUUAACACAGCAACUAUAGACAUUGGCCAAGAACAUAUCUCCAUAGGCGGACGGCAACAAACUAACGAGAAUGGUGGAUGAUUCCCGUUACCACGGUGAACAUGACGAUCGAGUGGGAGGAGGUCCAACACAUCGGAAAAAGAAGGGAAGGGGACCAUUCCGGUACGGUGGAGGUGAUCCACAAGGGUCAAGGCCGAGGCCUCGCGGGGGCUACGGAGGAGGACACGGCGGGGCCCCCAGUAAUGGACCGAAGGGCAGGUUCGAUGAUACCGACGGUGACAUAGCCAUGUCGGACGAUGGCCCACAAGAUGACAGUUCACAGCGCAGAUUUAACCCUUACGGAAGGCCAAAUGGCAGGAAUCGCAGGAGAGGAGGAGGAGGAGGAGGAGGUGGUGGUGGUGGUGGUGGUGGUGAUGGAGGAGGCGGCGGCGCAUAUCGAGGACAUGGAGGAAGGUAUGGAGGAAGAGGAGGAGGAGGUGGUGGUGGUGGUGGAGGAGGAAGAGGAGGACCACAAGGACAGAAGAACAACUGGUUCAGAAUAUGUAUUCCACACGGAAAAAAAUAUGACCGGGAAUGGCUACUGAAAGCAUUACAGAACCUUUGCAGUGUACCAUUCCAUCCUGUUCAGUACCAUGUUGAUGGCCAUAGAGCCGUGUUUUACAUCGAGGACGGCUCGACAGCAAACGCUCUGGUCAAAGUGUCACGGAUGAUCACGGAUAAAGAAGGCUACAAGAUCAGCGUGAUGAUGAACCGUUGUCCUCCACCUCCCUCGGUUAACACCGAGUUGAAGCCAGCAGACCUGGAACAUCUAAAGCAAUGCAUGGCCAAACGGUUUGAUGGUUCGCAGCAGGCUCUCGAUCUAAAUAAUAUCAGCAUAGAUCCAGACCUGGUGUCCCAGAACAUCGAGGUGGUGUUGACGAGGAAGAAUUCAAUGCAGGCGGUUAUAAAGAUCAUCGAGGAAAACAUUCCAGAGCUGGUGUGUUUAAACCUGAGUAACAACAGACUGUAUCGCCUGGAUGACUUCCAAAGCAUUGUCAACAAAGUGCCAAACCUGAAGAUUUUGAAUCUUUCCCAAAACGAGAUUAAAUCUGAAAGGGAGCUGGACAAGCUGAAAGGGCUGCGCCUUGCUGAGUUGUGGCUGGAUGGCAACCCCCUGUGCCAGCACUACAAGGACCAGACUGUCUACAUCAGUGCCGUACGGGAGAGACUGCCCAGACUGAUGAAGCUGGACGGAAAUGAUCUCCCCGCCCCCAUCGGAUUUGACCUGGAAGUGACCCCCGCAGUGCUGCCGCCUUGUAAGCCCAGUUACUUUGCCUCGGAGGAAAUCAAGACACUGAUCCUGUUCUUCCUGCAACAGUACUACAGUGUGUAUGACUCUGCUGACCGGCAGCCUCUGCUGGAUGCCUACCAUGACAACGCCACCUUCUCCCUCAUCAUCCCCUUCUCCCCACAGAACCCCUCCAAAUGUACGUUAGGAGACUAUCAUAAAGAUAAUCGCAACCUGAAAAGACUCCGAGACCCAACCACCCGAUUUCGUCACCUGAAGCACACUCGUCUUAAUGUGGUGGCCUUCCUAAACGAACUCCCCAAAACGCAACACGACGUUGCCUCUUUCAACGUUGAUGUCAACACCUACACAAACACUCUUUUAUCGUUCACCGUCAGUGGAGUCUUCAAAGAAGUGGAUGGCAAAUGUCGAGAGUCGUUCAGAGCCUUCUCACGGGUCUUCAUCGCUGUACCCGCUGGAGCUUCAAGUCUGUGCAUAGUGAACGACGAGCUGUUCAUCCGGAAUGCCACCACGGAGGAGAUCCGCAAGGCAUUCGUGGCCCCGGCCCCCACCCCCUCCAGCAGUCCCGUACCCACCCUCUCCUCCACCCAGCAGGAGAUGCUCAACGCCUUCUCCCUACAGUCCGGCAUGAACCUCGAGUGGUCCCAGAAGUGUCUGCAGGACAAUGAGUGGGAUUUCGAAAAGGCUGCCAAAAUUUUUACUGACCUUAAGGUUCAUGGGAAAAUCCCGGAUGUCGCUUUUAUAAAGUGAAGAUGUUUCUUCCAAUGGUCAUGAAUUGAACAUAAAUGUACAUUUGUUUUUUACAAUAAGAAUUUUACAAUGUCCUGUUGCACUAUGAAUGAAAAAAAUAAAAAGCUAAAUAAUUUGUCAAUAUGCCAA